AAAGUCAUGGAUUUGGAUCGCUAUAACUACCUUAAAAUGAGAGAUAUUAAAUUGGAAUACAGCAUUCCUGAACAUAAUCUUUAGAUGUUGGAAAUGCUUAUACAUUGGAUCUUUUAGGUUUGAUAUUUAGUUAUGUAUUAGGUUGGCGAGUAAAAUAAUUUGGAAAUAAAAACGAUUGAAUUAGCUGCCAUUCUAAGUAAAUUAUAUCUUACGAAAUAAUAAAUCUAUUCUGACAGAGCAGAACUGUUAGGAAUAGCUUCAUUAAUGAUUGCAGUAAAAGUAAAAAAAUAUAUAUUUAUGUAUAGUUCAAUGAAUGUCAAAACAAAAUAUAGAUGAAUAUCCAAGACUGUGUAGACUAAUGUUAAUCUUAAUAUAGUUCUACAGAAAUUAUAGAUAUGGAAGUGAGUAUACUAUCUCUAAUUGAGUAUGACGCAAAUAUCACAACUAUAACUGAUUAUUAUGAUGGUGAAGCCGUCUAAAUUGACUUAGUUUUGUUUGUUACUCUUGAUUCUAACUUUCUAUACUACCAAAAAUAUGAAUUGUAUGAGGCAAUUAGAAAUUUUUACUCAUAAGAUACAUCAAACUUAUCUGAAAAUAUAAAACAUGUAUAAAAAUCAAAUAGUCUUAGAUAAUCAGCAAAAUUAGUACUAAAAUUUAGGAGCUGACUUCUUAAGAUGAAAAUAACACUCCAAAAAUAUAAAAGAAAACAAUUAAAAAAAAGAGAAUUAGAAGAUCAAGAAUAUAUAGUUCACAGAGUAUUACCCUAUGAAUAAUAUGAUUUCAAUUUUAUAUGAUUAUAAC